AUGGUCCCUCCCCUCUCCCCUGGUCCCUCUCCUCCCCCACCCCCCUCAGAGGACAUCACCCUGGACCCCAACACGGCUCACCCUCGCCUGGUGGUCUCUUUGGACGGGAAGCAGGUGUUUUGUGGAGAGCGGCACCAUCCGGUCCCUGACAGCCCCGAGCGCUUCGACCGUGUGGUCUGUGCUCUGGGCAGGGAGGGCUUCGACUGCGGGCGCCACUACUGGGAGAUAGAGGUUGGCAGUAAGACGGACUGGGACCUGGGCGUGGCGUCUCGCUCCGUGGUCAGAAAGGGCAAGAUCACGGUGAGCCCGGCGCAUGGUUACUGGUUCCUGAGUUUGCGCGACAACGUGGACUAUGCGUUCAGGACCGAGCCGUCCACGGCGCUCACGGUCAGCCAGCGCCCGUCCCGCAUCGGCGUCUUCUUGGACUACGACAAAGGGACCGUGUCCUUCUACAACGUGGACGCCAGAGUCCUCAUCUACACCUACAGCAACCGCUUCAGCGACGUCAUCUUGCCCUUCUUCAGCCCCUGCACCAACAAGUCCGGACGCAACGAGGGGCCGCUGAUCAUCUGCCCCGUGGCGUCUGUGGAGUGA